AUGGGCCGGCUUUGGCAAAAGAGGGAGAUGGAUGAUAGUGAGGAGCGAAUUCACGUUUGUUCAAUUUGCAUGAGGAGAUUUAAACGGACGGAACAUUGCUUAAGACAUGAAAGGUCCCGUAUGUAUACUAACUUUUCAUCUAGUCGUGAAUUUCCACAACUCUCAGCCGUUGUGCUCAGGUGUUCGUGGUUCGAUAUCAUUAACCUACUCUCCCAUCUGAUUCUUAUAGAUACUAAGGUGAAGCCAUACAAUUGCCGCUUUUGCGAACGAUCAUAUGGCCGAAAGGACCUUGUGGUACGGCAUGAGAAAACUCUACAUGAGGAAGAUUGGAUCAAAGCCCAAAUGCCUAGCGAGGAGUCGACUGCUGCUAGUGACUCCUUAUUGUCAAGGCAGAAACGUCGACUAUCCACUGUAAGCUACAGUGACGAAUGGAAAAAUGCCCUCUCGGCGCAACGUAUUCCUCAUCCCGAAGAAGAGCAUGACGUCUUAUCCUGCGUUGGAACUCAAACAACUGCUAUACCCAGCUCGACAGGAAGUGGUUUUGAUUGCAUGCCAUAUGUCCCUCAAAUAAACUGUAAUUUUACACUCCCAUUAAAACCUGGAACUGAGGGAACAGCUGAAAGUCCGCGCGAAUCUUCCGUCCCUGAGAUGGCCAUAUCGAGCAUACCUCAAUUGGCAAAUCCAUGUUACGUCGAAGGAAAUUACCCCCCCCAACAAUACAACCACCAAAUGCCGGGGGAAUCUGUUGAACCCUGCGAGGACCUUAAUCAGUACUCUGUUCCAGUUGACCCAAAUUUAUUUGAGACAGUGAAUAGCAAGCCUCAACCGCCAUGGCGACCAGAUACUCCGAGAUGCUUCGAGAUUUUGGACAUUUGUCCAAGUGUUUAUGGCCCAUUGCGCUCUUUUGAUGUCCCACAGGAAAAUGAAGAGGAUUGGGAGGAGACCAGAAAUGACGGCAAGUGGACUUUCCAGGAAUCACAGGUCAUAGGUCAUCCGUCUGAUAGCCAUAAAUCCAUUUUACAGAGCCCUUCAAAUCUCAUUCGGCCACCCAUUUCAACUGUGAGACUGGGGGAAACCCUGUCGAUACUUUUCGCGGAUCUGCAUCUUGGGUUUGAGAAUCACAAAACUAAUGGUAUUAUAUCCCUCCACUUGCUAGCACAAUAUCUCGAUCAAAUUUUCUAUUAUUUCAAUCCUCUCAUCCAUAUAUUCUAUGUCCUCACCUUUAAUAUCAAGACAGCCCCCUCCCUGUUGAUACUUGCCAUUGGCUCAAUUGGGGCUUCCAGUUUUCUGACCACGACAAAUCCCUAUCGCUUAGGCGCCAUACGAACGAGUAUCUUGAAAAUAUCAUUCCAAACCACAGACACCGGGCUCUUCAUUGUCCAGAUCUCUAUGGAAAUUCCAAUCGAAUUUGUGCUCUUCAGCAGUUUUAUUAUUCUGCGAAGCAUGUCGAUACGGACUUUCGCGGAACGGUUCUCGCUGGGCGUGUUUCACGGGCUUUUGCAGGUUUGUAUGCAGAUGAUGGCAAUUCAGAAAGUGCGCAUCUCGAAUGAGAUUUCAAGUUCGGAAAUGCCUUCGAUAGAUCGAAAUUCGAUUCUCUGA